AUGUGCUAUUGGCAGGAUCUUUCGAGUGAGAAAACAUUACGGGAUCUCGAAAUUUGGCGUCGAGAUCGCCAGCAAGUGGCGCGGCUUAUCUGCCUGCAGAUGUUGAGAUGUGGCCAUAUCGAAAGUGCAAAGGCACUAGCGGAAGAGAUGAAUGUGACAAAUAUGGUGGACUUAGACGUGUUCUCGAAAGUUCAGCGUGUGAUCAACGCCCUGCUUAACAAGGAUACCGCUCCUUGCUUAGAGUGGAUUGCAGAACAUCGAUCCAAGUUGCGAAGAAUGAAUAGCAAGUUAGAGCAGGUGGUUCGGGUUCAGGUGAAUUAUUUUUUCUUUGCACACCUCUUUUUUUAUCUCGACUCUAUCUAG